UUAUUGCCAGUGUGGAGAGUACGUACAGUAUAUGCAGACGCGUUGCAUAGGGGGUUGAAACAACCCUCCGACUUCCCAAAACCGCUCAGUCUUCGCCAGUCCGUUGGGCCAGACGGACGCUUCGCGCGCGCUCACACAUUUUCCGAACUUUCCAGUCCAUUUUUAAAAUACUGUGUUUUUUUUAUUUUUACUUUUUUAUUCGGUGGACGAUUGGCAGCGGUGUAAGAAUAAUAAGCAGAGAAGGAGGCACCGUUUCGAUCUCCGCCAUGGGUCAGCGUUACUUAAUUACUUUAUGUGCUCUGAUGCUCGCCUCGAUGGGCUACUGUCAAACUGAAACGGAGCCGCCAACGACUGUGACGACUAAGGCUCCGACUACCACCACUGUGGUUACAUCCACCACCACCACGACUUGGGAGACGGAGACCCUGAAUGAGGGCCAGGCGAUACAGAAGGCGCUACAGUAUCUGCUGCAGCACCGUCAGCCUGACUGGGGCUGGGGUAACGAUACCCACCAUGUUAUGCUGACACUGCAGUUGGCUAAUAACACUGGCAAGGAGAUUGAGCAGCAGGGGCUGGAGAUGCAGCUGUCAGCCAAGCAGAUGGAAAUCGAGAUUCUGCUCAUGAUGUCCAAACACCACGAAUCUCCUCCUCCUUUGGGGCGCCUCGCUGCAUAUACCCUGGCCCUCGGAGCUCUCUGCAAGGACCCUCGGUCUUUCCAUGGCCGAGACCUGGUGGCUGCCCUCCUGCAUCGUGAGCCUCCUCAUGACCUUGAGUUCGCCUACGCGACCCUGGCUGCCUGUUCAUCAGCAGCCCAUGUUCGGCGCCGUCAUAUUAGGAGGCUCCUGGAUAUCGCGAACGCUGCUUCUGAUCAUAGUCUUGAUACGAUCUCAAUGGUGAUAUUGGCGCUGCGCUGCGUGGUGCAGGACCACCGCCACCGCAGUCUCAUCCACUUCGUGCGCCGCCCCAUGGCCGGACUCGCGAGGCAACAGCACACUGAUGGCAGCUUCGGUACUCUCACCACCACCGCUUUAGCUAUUCAGGCCUUGGAAGAUUCUGAGUCAGGACCCGGCGCACACCAGCACUGGAGUUUCCCCGCGGCGCGCAAGUGGUUGGUGGAGAGGCAGCGAAGUGACGGUGGCUGGGGAGACGUGGCCAGCACUGCUGCAGCUGUGGCCGCUCUCACACCCGCCUCUCUUGCAGCUGUCCGCCCACCACACUGCGCUGACAAACUCCUCGACAGCCGUCACGAACCUUUAGAUAGCAACGGUGGUGAUGGCACCCUGAAGCUGGCCUACCAAUCCGGCAGCACCAGCAACGAAUCCGAUGCACGCAACGUAUCCUUCACUUACACGCUUUGGGUUGGAACUAACGUCACCGAGACCUACACCCUGCGCAUGGUUGCUCCUAGGAACAUAUCAUUCUUCCACGUGAUGCAAAUGGCGGCAAAGAUAUUCCCGAAGUUUAAGUUUGAGGCGAGCGAGUGGCCCAACGGUCAUUACGUGCACACGAUCGGCGGUCACAAGGAGGAACCCAUGGGCUACCACUACUGGCUGCUCUACCGUCUGCCCGAGAAGCCUGACCCCGCCAGCCCUCCUGGCAACCAGCUCGUAGCUCCAGUCGGUGUGGACGACUUAUUAGUUGAGGAGGGAGAACAUUACCUGUUCUGGUACAAGAAGUUGUAAUUUUUUCAUUGAUAACGCCCCACCAGUUACCAUUUUGAUUGUAUACCUUCUACCAUUUUAUGAUACCUUCGUUCCAUCUGUUCAUUCUGUUUAAUCUGUCUGAAACUUAGAAGUAAGAUUCGCAGUCAUAUAACGUACGUAUUUCAAUAGGAAUAAUAGUUUUUAGGAGCAUAUUUAUCAAUCGUUGUACCUUUUAAUAAUGUAUUAACUCUGUGUAUUUUAAACUUUCACGAUUUAGCUGUGGUAAAUUUUCUAAUGUUACUAGAAAAUUUAGGUUUCCUUCGUCAUGAGCAUACCAAAGAUAGACUUUACAUUAAGUACUAGUACUCAUAAAUGGUCCCAAUAUGACACCCUGGGGAACCCUUACUUUUUCAGUUAAUGUGGCCUUUAUUAUCUGAAGCUGACCACAUACGUAGUAGGUCCCAUGACGGACAUUCCAUUCAAUGUUUACUUAGUAACGCAUUAUACAUAUUUUAGAAACAAUCUGUAUUCGAUAAAUUCAUAAUCAAUUAAAAUAUCAUUAGAAAACGUUAUCUAAGGUUUCCAUAUUAUACCAAUAAAGACACUGUUUUUGUCGGCGAUACUUUGCAUGUGUUAGUUAGCAUGUACGAUAGCAUUUAGAACAACGUUAAGAUUCAUGUUAAAAGUAAGCGAUUCUCAAUUUAAAACUUUUUUAAUACCUAAACAUCGAGUUAAUGGAAAAUUGAACGAUAGAAAUCAUAUUAUUUAGCAGGAUAUAUCUAAGAUUGUCAAGUUUUACGAAAUAUCAAUUGUUCUCUUUACAAUCGUUUACUCUUAGUACGAGUUUACUUUCCGACUAAAGUAAUCGCAUCGAGAACGUGUUCGGCACUCUGAUUGGCUGGCUCGAACGAACCAACUAAUCAGAGCGCCGAACGCGAAACUAAGAGUAGACCAUCAGUUCAUUGAUAAAUUGACAAAAUGUAUGAGAAUUUGGUCAUAUUUCCAUAAACUCGGUGUCGAUUAUAAUUCUAGUUAUUAUAUUAACUAUACUGUGUAAUCUCGGAAACAAUAGAUUUUAAAACUAAUCAUUUUAGACGAGACUGAACGCAGUGUUAUCUAAUUGAAGUGCGUUAGAAUAACAUUUUUAUUGUACUAUUGAAUGGUUCUUAAUAAAGUACGAAAAUACAGUAA